ACUGCUUUGGCAUUUUUUCCGAAAAGUGAAAACAUGGCAUUUCCACCCGAUGACAAUGCAAUAGGAGAAUUGUUUAAUAGUCGAGGAGCUCAAAUUUACUGGGAUAACUGGAACAAAUUAACACAUUGGUAUAGCACAUAUAUGAUGCCUGUGAUGGCUAAAUGUGAUGCUAAAAUACAGAGAGAAGUUCAAUGUGGUGAAAAUAGUGAUCAAAGACAUGAUAAGCAUAUAAGAAGGCGAAGAAAAAAGAGAGAGAAAGGAAAUAAAUACUCUAAAAAGUGUUCAUCAUUUUCUCAAGCCCAAAAUAGUAAAAGAAAUGAGGAAGAAGAUUUAUCUAAGGAUGAGCCAGUUUCUUCAGAAUUUUUAGAAUUCUCUCAAAUAACGUUGCAGCAUCGACUUGAUCUCAAGAAAAUGAGAGAAGAUCAAGGAAUUGAUGAAAAUAUUGAAUAUGCUGCAGAUGACGAAGGUCCCGAAGAGAAACCAACUCCUUCCUCUGAUCCACCAGAUGUUCAGGCUGGAAGUGCAAGAACUAACGAGCUCAAGUUAUUAUAUGGAAGUAACACACUACAAAUUCAAUCUCUUGAGACGCAAUUACAAGCUGAAUUUGAUGAAAACCGAACCAGACUUCAGCCUAAAUUGUGGCCUGUGAUUCCCCUCAAUUUGUGAUGGUUUAGUAAAUGGCUAGUUAUGUUUUAGCCACAUUGCAAAUGAAUGAAAAGAGAUUUGUGUUGAGCUACAGCUGCACAAAAGUUGAGCUGUUUUGGGAAAAGGAUGGUGUCAAAUAUGAAAUGGAAAUUAUGCAGAAUUUUUUACCAAAUAAUGGAAUGUAUACAUACAACAUGAUAUAGCCGCUCACAAUUUUAUAUCGUUAGCGGAUGAGGAACUCAUUGAUUAUGAUAAUUCUGUAGCAUUAGACUUAUUUCGUUGUACUGAACAAUUAGACGUUUGCAAAUCAGGAAGCAAAAGUAUAUUCUUAUAAAUUAGGAUAAUAAUAUUAUUCCUUUUAUAGAAUUGCAAACGUGCACUGUGCAGCAUUUCAUCACGAAACUAAAUGUUCAUGUUAUAUCUGGUGCUGUAAUAUGAUUCCGCAUUGUUUAUUGAUUCUUUCUGAAAAUUGUUGGGACAGGAAAUAGACUACAUUAGUGUAUGUGUUCGCUAAUAUUAUGUGUCAAUUGACUCUAGAUUUAAUAUGCUCGGAGAUGUAGGCCUAAUGUAUUGGCAAGUCAUUCACGAGCCAUGCUUCAGUAAUUCACUCCAACGAUACUUCAUAUUCGGUUGAUAAACAAAUCUGUCCCUGUUUAUAAAAUAGAUUAACAAUAUUGCUUUCAGUUUAUGUGCAAUCUAAAGGGUCACUUUGAAUUUCACAUUUUUUCAAAAAUAGGUGCUAUUAUAUUCCUUUGAAAUUUGAAGCUUUUGAUACCAAUAACAAUUCCUAUAUGUAAUCUUUUAUUUUUUCAG